AUGUAUGCAGCUACAAAUUCGAUAUCUACACCUCCCCUGGAUCCCUCCAGUAAUUUGAACGGAUUGCCUGUUGGUGGUGUACGGCAACAACAGGCGCCGUCGGGGGAGGCAAUGGUUGAGGAUCGUCGAAAGACCAGUAACACCACCUACUCCCCUUCCCGUGCCUUCGACGGUGGAGCUGAAAAGCGGUCGGCCAGCGAUUCAGCCGACGGGGCAGCGUCCACUGCGCUUUCCCAGCCGCCGCCUCCCAAACGCGCCUGGCGCGACCAACCGCACGUGGGAAAGUACAAACUCAUUCGAACCCUCGGAAGUGGAAAUUUCGCAAAGGUCAAGCUCGCGCAACACAUCACAACAAAGAAGGAGGUUGCUGUGAAGGUUAUCGAUAAGGGAAAGCUCAAUGAAGCCAGUCUCAGCAAGCUUUUUCGUGAAGUACGGGUGAUGAAACAACUGAAUCAUCCCAAUAUCGUCAAACUUUACGAGGUGAUCGAAUCUGAGCGCCAUGUUUACCUCGUCAUGGAAUUCGCCGCCAAUGGUGAACUGUUUGAGUACCUCGUGUCCAACGGUCGAAUGCGCGAAAAAGACGCUCGAAUCAAGUUUCGGCAAAUUGUCUCCGCCGUGCAGUACUGCCAUCAAAAAAACAUUGUCCAUCGAGACCUCAAGGCAGAGAAUCUCCUCUUGGACGCGGACUAUAACAUUAAAUUGGCCGACUUCGGUUUCUCCAACACCUUUCGGCCGGACAAGAAGCUGGACACAUUUUGCGGCUCACCGCCCUACGCCGCGCCCGAGUUGUUCCUGGGCAAGAAGUACACCGGACCCGAGGUCGAUGUCUGGUCCUUGGGUGUCAUUCUCUACACCAUCGUCGCCGGAUACCUACCCUUCGAUGCGCAGAAUCUUCGCGAUCUCCGUGAGCGGGUUCUCCGUGGCAAAUACAGAAUCCCCUUCUACAUGUCCACAGAUUGUGAGAUGUUGCUUAAACGCAUGCUUGUCCUUAACCCAGAAAAACGACAUUCCCUCUUGUCCGUGAUGGAAGACAAAUGGACGAACAUCAACAUGGAGGACGACAUUCUUCGUCCAUACCAGGAGCCUCCACCCGAUUACAACGAUCCUGUGCGUCUUGCCAAAAUGACUGAAAUGGGCUUCACGCUGGAGGAAAUCAAGGACUCACUGGAGAAUAACAAAUUCAACAAUGUGACUGCCACCUACCUCUUGUUGGGCACCGACCGAAAGAACUCCAGCUCCACCCCCCCACCUCCGUCCUCUUCCGCCGCUGCGGCUAACAAUCAACCAGCUGUUGUUGAUGAGUCGCCCAAACAGAAGACUUCCACCCAGAAGGAAUCCGGUGCCACCGCGCUAGCCGCGGUGGAAGAUUCCAUGGUCGAAGCUCCUGACACUCCUCAGGUUCUAGUCUCAUCUACCUCCAUGCGGAAGGGAUCCUCCACGACACGCGCGAAUGGGUCCGCCACGUCCACAGCCCCUGUCACCGAGAACCCCCAAUCAACUCCCGAGUCCACCUCGUCUGCCAGCGGCAAACAAAAGCCCACUUGGUCUGCCAAACGAGGCGAAACCGCUUCAGUUGACUCGACCACCGGAUCGGCCAAGGUCGACAAGCCAAAAACAGCAAUUCCAACCACCCAUUUCGACACCCCUCGCCCCACAGAGACUGGAAAGGACUCCAGCUCCAAUCGAUCACCCGUCAAAUCUGGAGGUGUCCGGCGGACCCGCACAUUCACCUCGUCAGACAAACGACGCAACACCGUGGUUGUUAGCGGCACGGGUGGAAGAAUUGGCGUCUCCGGCGCCAAUGGUGAUGCUGACACCUCAAAGGCCCUUGUCCGAGUUCCUAAUAUGGACAAUAUUGUAGAGUGUUUUGUGGACGAUCUAGUCCAUACGGAAGGUAGGUUCCGCCCUUGCUAUGGUGCGUUUUGCUCCGUUUGUUUUUGUGUAUUGACGCUCUGGGCUCAGUGGCUUGCGGUGCGCUGGCCUGCCCCUCGCUUCGCCGCACCAUUCGGUGCCUCCACCGGGGACGGUUCCAUCAGCUCCGUCCUGGUGGACCGCGAGAUGACAUUUUCCAGGUGCCAGGUCGGCGACGAGUCCUAUGCCGAAAGGGACGCCUCAGACAAGGAGUUGGCUGUCGACGGUCUGGGAAUUCACUCUUCCUCUAGUGGUCGGUGUGUUGGCGUUGGUUCGAGCGAUCCGCGUUUGGCCAAGGCGCUGACGCAGGCGGCCACACUCACCGGUCCCGUUUCCGCCGACGCGCCGACGUCGUCUGAGAAGGAGGGCAGCGAGUCCACCGCCCUCAGACGCCAUGAUUCCUCCACGGCCGAAAGCGUCUCUCAGCUUUCGACCACAUCUCCGUCCUCCCAACUGGGAGCCGGCCGUGGUGUUGGUGGCAGCGCUCUCUUCUGUGGAAGCAUGUCGCGCAGGCCCCAGCGCAACAAGGUUUCGCGUCCAGCUAUUCGUUUUGAGGCUGCCGACGAGAUCAUCUCCGCCGACCACCCUUCACACUCGACAUCUAACGCCGAAGGCUCACCCCCCACCAACGUAGUCCCCGCCUUCAUGCGCGGCGCUCCAGACCGCAGUACGGCUCCGGCGGCACGCUUAACGCAUCGCGUUGAAUACUCACAGCGCUACCGGCCUCCCGAGGUCGCUAAACCUCGACCGUCCGAGGAAGAGACGGAGGCGGAGGUCGAGCCGGAAGUUGUGCCAGAGACGCCUAUAAAGGAGACCACAAAACCCACCGAGUACCACUCCUCAGGGUCGUCGGCUUUCAUCAGAAGCGUAUCUUCGCGGCUCUCAAAGAGUAACAGAAUGCCAGCAGCGCAAUCUGUCGAAGGUGGAAAAGGCGACAAGGAAUCGGGCGGGGGUGGAGGAGGUCAUUUGGUGGCCUCAGACUCGCCUAUUCCGGCUCAUCGCGCCUUUUCUUCGGAGGGGAAGCCCCAUGAGUCUGCCGACGCCGCCGCCGCCACCACGACAAGCGCCACCGACGAUCCAUGGAGCCCUAUGUUGCCAGCAAAGGUCAAUCCUGAGGGUGACACCAAGGUUGCAGUGAGCAACAGUCUGGAGCCCCUACUUCCUGCCUGUUAUGACAAGAAACCGCGCAACAUUACCUUCUUCUCAAGCGCCUGGCGAAAGGCCUCCUCCUCCGGUGGCAGCACCACCUCACUCCUCGGUUCGAACCCAGAUCGGCUAAUGAGCCAGCUGAUUGGUGCGCUCAGCGCCGCGCACAUCCACUUUGCCAGGUUGGGCAAGUAUCGCCUGCAGUUUGUCUACUCGCCCCCCGCUCCGAAUUCGUCGACUAAGUCGCCUUUGAAUUUUGCUGACAAGGUGACUAACCGUGUUCGCGUUGCAGUGGAGAUCUGUCACGUCAUGGCAACAAGCUCCUACGUAACUCGCUUCAAAAAUCUCGCCUCCCCGAAUUCCCACGCCUCUACCACGGAGGACUUCAAGUCGGUGACGCAGAGCUUAGUGCGGAUCGCGAAGGCCUCCUGUGCUUCAACAACCCCAUCCUCUUCGUAG